ACAAUUCCAAGGACUGUGGUGUUUGACAAGAAGACAGGAACCAAUAUACUUCAAUGGCCCGUUGAGGAAGUGGAGAGUUUGAGGUUGGGCAGUCAUGAAUUCGAAGAGGUGGAUCUUCAUCCAGGAUCAGUUGUGCCACUCGUUGUGGGCUCUGCUACACAGUUAGACAUAGUUGCCGUGUUUGAAAUAGAUAAAGAAGCCUUGGAGGCGACCGUUGAGGCUGAUGUGGGUUACAAUUGCACUACUAGCGGUGGGGCUCGCAGUAGAGGCAUUUUAGGACCAUUUGGCCUUCUAGUUCUCGCUGACGAAACUCAUUCUGAGCUUACACCUGUUUAUUUCUACAACGCUAAAGGCACUGAUGGGAGUGCUGAGACAUACUUCUGUGCCGAUGAAACAAGGUCAUCAAAAGCUUCUGAUGUUGGCAAACAAGUUUAUGGAAGCAAGGUUCCUGUGCUCAAUGGUGAAAAAUUAUCUAUGAGGCUAUUGGUUGAUCACUCCAUAGUGGAGAGCUUCGCUCAAGGAGGGAGGACAGUCAUCACAUCGCGAGUUUAUCCUACAACAGCAAUUUAUGGAGCAGCACGGGUGUUCCUGUUUAACAAUGCCACAGGAGUGAGUGUCAAGGCAUCAGUAAAGAUUUGGCACAUUGAUUCAGCAGAUAUUCACCCUUUCCCUUGGAUCAAUUGUAAUGCACAGCUUCACCUAGCCCACCUGUGUAUUAAGUCCUUCAUUUAUCGUUUGGUUUGUCCAGAAAAUGGAACAAAAAAUGCAGAAGCCUCUGCUGGCAUGAAUUAUUGA